UUUGAUAUAUGUAUAAAAAUUAAAUAAAUCACAUAAAAAAUAAUGUGACAAUAUAAAAUAAAGUAAACAGAAAUAAUAUUUACGACAAAAAUAAAAUUACGAUUUUUUGUGCAUAGAAAUAUGUGUUUUUGCAUAAUAAAACAAAAUACUAUUUUAAAAUUAAAAUUUAUUUAUGUAAUAAUAAGAUAAAUUUGCGCAAUGUUUAAAGCUUUAUCGAAUAUUGUUAAAGGAAGAAACUCAGAUUUUGAAUUGGAUUUUUUUUCAAUUUUACCUCGAGAAUUAUCUUUAAAAAUUCUUUUCUAUCUAGACCCGAAAGAUAUAUUAACAGCAGAACAAGUGUGUAAGAAUUGGAGAUUUAUUUGUAACGACGACUUUUUAUGGCAAGAAAAGUGCAAAAAAGAUCAAAUAACAUUAGCUGCAGAGAAUAUAGAAAUAGACAAAAAUAAAUCAAAUGAAAAACCAUUGUUAAAAAGAAGCAGUACUAAAGCAAAUAAUGGAAUUUUUCCCUCAUCGCAUUGGAAAUGUAGAUAUAUUCGCCAAAGGAGAAUUGAAUCUAAUUGGAAAUCUUUGUCUAUAAAAAAUUCCAAAAUUAUAAAUUGUGAAUAUGAACUAGUUAGUUGCUUGCGGCUUAAUGCGAAAUAUAUUGUAUCCUCAUCUUAUGACACAAAAAUUAUCAAUAUAUUCUUGAUUGAUUCUGGGAAGUGCAUUAAAAAGUUGAUGGGACAUACUGAUUUUAUAACUACAUUUUAUUUAUCAGAAAAACUAAUAAUUUCUGGAAGCAAUGAUAGAACGUUAAAAAUUUGGUGUAUUGAUACAGGUGAAAAUUAUCGUACACUUUUAGGACAUACAGAAAGUGUUCGCUGUUUGACAGUAUUUGAAAACAAGGUUAUUAGUGGGUCAUCUGAUUGCUCUAUUCGUAUUUGGAAUUACGAAAGAGGUAUUUGUUUGCAUGUGCUGUCCGGUCAUAGUGCAGCAGUUCAUUGUGUAGAUUACAACGGGAUCUUUGUUAUAUCUGGAUCAUCUGAUAAAACUAUUAAAAUAUGGCAUCCUGAGGGAAAUGAGUGUGUAAAAACAUUAGAAGGGCAUAAACAUGAAGUAAAAUCUUUGCAGUUUGAUGGUACAUAUGUUGUAUCAGGUUCUUUAGAUUCUGUGAGAAUUUGGGAUGUGAAUACGGGAUGUCUUAAGCAAACUUUACUCAAUUACAAAGAUUGUUUUGCGUUUACUAGUUAUUCUAGUACCGAGUUUAAAAAAAAUUUAUUCGCAUUCAUUUAUUUUUAUUCACCUUUCCCCUAUUAUAGGGUAAAAUAUGAAAUUAAAGUUUGUGAAUCUGCUACCGGUCAAUGUGUACAAAUUUUAUCAGAUCCCAGUGAGGAAUCAUCUCAAGUGCAAUGUAUUCAAUUUGUAUUAAACUUCGUUUUAACGAGUUCGUUUGGCAAUACUAUUAAGUUAUGGGAUAUAAAAACAGGGAAAUUUUUGAGGAAUGUAAUAAAUUUGAAUUCAUUAAAGGAUGGUUAUGUUCAAAAAUUUAGAGCCACAGAAACGAAGUUGGUUUGUUUAACAGAAGAAGUUCAUUUGCAUCAGAAAAAAUUUAUUGUUAUAAAUUUUGAUACAAACACUUCGGCAGAUUCUAAGUUCAUGAAAAGUUCAUCUAAGGAAAAAGAGUAUUGUAAUAUAGUUUAAUUAAUAUCACUAAAUUAAAUUUUUUGUUUCCUAGUCACAGUAUUAUUUUUUUAAUUUAAAAAAACUUGUUUUUCUAGAAUAUAGAAAGUUACAUAUAUUAUUUAAGUAAAUUCAAGUUUUACAAGAUUGUAACAAAGCAUAAAUUUAACUUGUAUAUGUUGUUUAUUCUGUUUAUUCUGAAUAUAUAUUCUUUAGUAAUUAUGCAA